CUGAAUGCCUCCAUGAUGGGGAUGUUGCAGUGGACUUUCGACCUCUUGGCCCUCUAUAGUAUUCCGCCUCCUUUCCAGAUUCCCACUGUGGGAGGUGUUCCAGCCAGGCUUUCUGUUCCUGCCGGAGGAGAUGGAGAGGGCAGAGUAUUCCCUCGCACCAAGGCAGGGCGCACUCACGUCGGGAGUAGCUCGCGGGCUCCAGUCCCUGAUGACGAUGACGAGGAGUCGGAGGUGGAGGCGGAGGCGGAGGCAGAGUCGUCGUCGGAGGAGACCGGAGACGGCUCGGACUCGGGCUCAGAUGACAGCGCUGAUGAUGCUCCUGGACCUUCGUCCAGGAAGAGGACUAGGACAGACUCCCAGACCUGAGAUCCUUUGUCAUUGAUCUAGAUUUUUGUUGUUUUUUUUUCUUUUUCUUUUUCUUUUUCUUUUUCUUUUGUACCUUUUGCUGGUAGCUAGAGUACCUUGUGCUGUUGCAGACAGAUUUUUAUUUCCAAAACCAUGUACU